AUGUAUCCUAUCAGUAACAGGUGGAUAUCUUUGGCCCUACAAAGGGUUGGUUCAGACAGUCAGGAUAGGCCUCAUGACUCCCUUGGUAAAACAACGGGUUCAUUCUUUGCUCCACUGCUGACCUCAUUGUCUCUUUGUGGAGUGAAAAUCCAGAGUUGCAUUCUGCUCAGUGGUCAGACAGCUGCUGGUGUGCAGCAUCUCUGCUGUGAUGGAGAUGAGUGGAUGAGAGAGAGAGUCCGAGCAGCUCCCACCAGGAAACCCCUGGAUCCAAACUACCAAAACAUGAGUCUUAGCAGAGAUGCUGUGGCAGUGAUUGAGAAUCCUGUGGUGGUCAGACAGUCUUUCCAUCCAGAGAAUCUGCAGGUGGACAGGAUUGAGACGGGCCAGAAUAAUCCCACCUGGAUCAGAGAGCUACAGUUUCUCCAUCCAGUGUCUGGCAAAGUGUCGACCCAUAAACUGGUGAGAGUGUUUGCAACUCUAUUUGUACUCUGUCUGCUGGGAGGUGUUGUCAUUGGAGUUUGGUUCAUAGUGAAAAUUCUCUUAAGGCCAAACUCAGCUCAGAGCCCUGUGAGUCUAGGAGACACCAAAGACACGUCCUUCUGCAAUGUAACCGAGGACACCUCUGUGACGGACCCCAGGAAAGUGUUUUACAGGAUCAGUGCUGAGAACUCUCUUCUGGAGAUCCAGCUGGAGAAGCUCCAGACGUGGCUGCCUGUAUGUUACGAGCGUUGGAACUCUUCUCUGGGAACGCUUGUAUGUCGACAGCUGGGCUAUCUUAGAUUAUCAAAGCACAAAGGGGUGAAUCUGACUGAUAUUGGGCCAAACUACACAGACGGAUUUGUGCAAAUCACCUCAGACCACCAAAGCAAUUUGGAGAGUUUAUGGCGUUUCAGGGGAAGCUGUAGUACAGGAAAGGUGAUAGCACUGAAAUGUUUUGAGUGUGGGACCAGAGCAAAGUUACCUAGGAUUGUUGGAGGAGUGGAAGCCACUCUUGGCAGAUGGCCCUGGCAAGUGAGUCUUUAUUACAGUAACCGCCACAUCUGUGGAGGAUCCAUCAUCACCAACCAAUGGAUAGUUACAGCUGCUCACUGUGUCCACAACUACAGGCUACCUCAAGUGUCCAGUUGGGUGGUUUAUGCUGGUAUUGUAACCAGCAAUUCGGCUAAACUGGCUCAAUACCAAAGCUUAGCUGUGGAGAAGAUCAUCUACAACAAGAAUUACAACCACAGGACUCAUGACAAUGAUAUCGCUUUGGUGAAAUUAAGAACUCCUUUGAAUUUCUCAGACACCAUCAGACCUGUGUGUCUACCACAGUAUGACCAUGAUCUACCAGGAGGAACCCAAUGCUGGAUCUCUGGUUGGGGAUAUACACAGCCAGAUGAUGUGCAUAUACCAGAGGUUCUCAAAGAAGCACCAGUUCCUUUAAUAAGCACAAAGAAAUGCAAUAGUUCUUGCAUGUACAAUGGAGAGAUCACCCCUCGAAUGCUCUGUGCAGGAUAUACAGAAGGAAAAGUAGAUGCAUGCCAGGGAGACAGUGGGGGUCCUCUGGUUUGCCAAGAUGAGAAUGUCUGGAGGCUGGUUGGUGUUGUUAGCUGGGGAACAGGCUGUGCUGAGCCAAACCAUCCAGGAGUUUAUACCAAAGUGGCUGAGUUUUUAGAGUGGAUAUAUGAGAUUUUAGAGAGCUACUAAAGACUGAUGUUUGAUAGUAGAAGAGAAGAAUAUCCCGACCAUUUUUUUUUAAAUUGUGUACUUAUUUUAUUUAAUAUAUUUUAUCAUAUA